GACGUAAACAGCCUUGUUUGCUGGUGUCAGGUGGGGGGAACUACGCACAAGGGACACCCGGCUCUGCUACAGCAGCGAGGCGCCUUUUCGCACAAGGACAGACAAGCAUCAUACGAACGGGGGCGGGCUCCGUUUGUUGUUGCUGGGGGCAGCGGGAGAGAAGCAGCGAUGCGGAGGAAAAACGUGCGGCGGUCUCUCCCAGGAGUGAUCGUCGAGGAUGGCAUGCUAGCGGAUGACUAUAUCGGGCGGGAAUGCAUGUCUCUUGAUAACUCUCCGCAACCCCUCGACGAGCGGGAAGGGGAACCGGAACAGCAGGAGCAGCAGCAGCAGCAGCAGCAGCAGCAGCAGCAGCAGCAGCAGCAGCAGCAGCAGCAGCAGGAGCAACAGCGGCAGCCGCAGCAGCCGCAGCAGCCGCAGCAGCCGCAGCAGGAGCAGCGCAGGGCGGGGGGGCGGGGUCGACGGGACUUAGAGGAGGCGUUCAUGGCGCCAGGCCUGGUCAGGCACGAGUCUCUACCGAGCCUGCACCUGAACGCGCGAUGUAUCAAGUGCGACGCAAUGGGGAUUAUCUACUGCAAGGGGUGCGAAGCGCACUUUUGUGCAAGGCACGACCAGCGUCGGCAUCGGUUUCUGUUGCGAAAGAACCGGCACGAGCAUCAAGCGGUGCCGGAUAUCUCGUACUUCAGAAUACCACUGCCAAACGACGGCAUGUUGAGUCCCCCGUUAUCAUCAGAAGGCUCGGACAAUCAGUCGCCGAUACCCCCGCCCGUCGGACGCAGAGGGGUGCGUGCUGGCGGGGGCUUGCGCCAGCGGGAUGUGGAAGUAGAUACCAGCGGGAGCAGCGGGAGCAGCACGAGCGGUGCGAGCGGCGCUGCCGCGGGCGGCGCCAGGGGGGCUGGCGGCAGCACCGCCGUUUUAGAUAGGAGGCGAAGGGCCGGAGGGGCGGCUGCUGCUGGUGGGGGGGCGAGGUGGGCAGAAGCGCGGAGCCUACCGGGGCGCGCGAAGUCGUCCAGGUCUGCGAUAGACUUGGCGAGGUCCGGCUGGUACAACAAGAUCGUCAUGGCAAUCGUUCGGCCUCCUCGAUGUAAAUAUUCCGUUGGGGAUCUCGGCAACGAGGUCACCCCCCUCAGCAGCGGUCUGGCCAUGAAGCGGAGAGACUUCGAGAUCCGGAACCAGAGGGGUCUAAAGCUGGUGUGCAGCCAGUGGCGGCCGGCGUUCACGGAGGACACCUCCAAGCUGCCGUGUGUCGUGUACCUUCACGGGAACAGCUCGGCACGCGUCGACGUUGUCAAGACAAGUUCGUUGAGGGUGCUGGGAACGGCCGCUUGCACGGUGGUCUCUUUCGACUUCUCCGGGUCGGGGAUGUCGGAGGGGGACUUCGUGACGCUGGGUUACUUCGAGCAGCACGACGUGGCCGAUGUGCUGGCAUACCUUCGCAGCAACGGGAUGGCCAGCCGGUACCUCCUGUGGGGCAGAAGCAUGGGGGCGGCGUCCGCCCUGCUGUACGCGGCCCGGUACCCCAACCACGACCUGUGCGGUCUCAUCCUGGACAGCCCGUUCUGCAGCUUCAAGCGCCUGGCGAGAGAUCUGGUGAAUGUGCCUGGCUUUCUCGUCAAUGGCGCGCUCGGGAUGCUGCGGCACAGCGUAAAGAAGCGGACGCGGUGCGACCUCAAGACCGUGGCGCCGAUCACCCGGGCGAGACAUAUCCGGUGCCCCUGCCUCUUCAUCGCUGGUAGGAAGGACGUGAUGGUCAGGCCCAGCCACGGUGAGGAUCUGUCCGAGGCCGUUGGCGGGGCGAGCCUGUUCAUCACGUGCAAGGGGUCGCACAACACUGCACGGCCUGGCGUCGUACUCCAGGCGGUCGGCACCUUCGUCAAGGGGUGCUUCCAGGCCCCGGGGACUCCCAUCUCGCAGGCGUUCUCCACGAUACAGACCACGCUGCAGGAAGCACAGGCCACCGCGGCGGCUCUCAGGGCCCGCCGGGGCUCCACCUCCUCGGCCUCCUCUUCCGUCACCACCGGCGGCGGCGGCGGCGGCGGCAGCAGCAGCAGGGGUAGGGUUAGUACCACAAGCGCCCGCCAACGCGCGCGAGCAACGUCGGUCUCCUCCGAUCUCGUCGUCGGGGCUAGCGACCGGGGGUCCCGGGUUGUCACCGCCGGUGACGGUAGGGGUAGGGGUAAGGGUUGGGAUAGCGGCGCGGGCUCGAGGCCGGGCCCCGCACGCCCGCUGGCUAGGCCGGGCCCGCGGCGAGCGGCGGAGAUGGAGAGGGCGAGAAGAAUCACUUCGGCCGCUGCAAGCGCUCGGAAGUCCGUGAGUCAUUCAGAGUCGCCCGUUCCGGACCGAAAGUCCCUGAAGGCCUCGCGCCACGACUCCUACAACCGACGCCGAUCACAGUCUCACGACGAGGACGUCGUCGAUCACCAAGACUGCUGCGACGGCUCAACCAGCACCAACCCCGACGGCCGCCGCCGCCGCGGCGGCGACGGCGACAGCAGCUACGUGCUCCAGGUGGGGGAGUCCCCAUCCUUCGAUCUCGCGGCUGACGGGGAGAUGGGUCCCGACGGGGAGGUCCGAGCGGUCACCGUUGAACGGCGACCGUGUGGCGGCGACGGUGGCAGCACCGGCGCCAGCGCCAGCAGCGGCGGCAGAGGGAUUUUCCCGACGAGGCUUCGGGAGUGCCCGUACCCGCCGAGGAGGCCGGGCCAGAGACAGAAGGCUGCCGCCGGCAGCGGCGAUCUGGACGGGGGGGGCGGCGGCACCGGGGAGCUGUCCCCGUACCCCUCGCCGCCGCCGUCAUCGUCAUCGUCCGGCGCGGCGACUAGUGCUACGACCCUCGAGCAAGGCGGGUGGAGAAAGACGGCGCACGCCAACCCUACUGCUGCUGGGACCACCGCCAGGAACCCAGGAGCACCGGGGGAGCGAAAAACAGGUGCGGUCGCCUUCCUGUUCCCGCCGCCGCCGCCGUCGCGGCGGCGACCGACCGCGGGCGGAAGCAGGGUUCCCUCCGGGAAGGUGCCGGUGCCGGCGAAGACGACGGCGGCGGCGGGGGUCGCCGCGCCAGUGGAUGAUGAUUCCUCCGAAGGCGGCGCGCAAGGCCGGCCCCGGCAGAGCUACAACAACGCGAGGGAUAACUGCAGCGGCAAGGGCGGUGGCGGCGGCGGCGGGGGAGCGGCGGCGGCGGCGGCGGCGGCGGCGGCGGCACCGCCUCCGCCGCGUCCAAGGCAGAACGUACGCCGCCCGUCGAAUUCUUCGCGGAGGGGGAGAGGUUCGGGGUGGCUAGGGCUGGGGCAGGUGCGGCUAGCGGCUCCCGCGCUGUCUUCGGUGUUUGGCUCGAACAAUCGGUCUUCGGGAAAGAGACGGGUCGAGUCCUCCCGCCCAGCAAGGGGGUUUCCGUUGGACAGGUCGUCGGACGGAAGCAGCGGCGGUGUCAAGCGCUCGCCGGGGGCGCAGCGGCAGCGGCGGGGGGCCUGCACUUGCGGCAACGGUCCGGCCGAGUGCCUUUGCUACGUGGGCGGCGACCUGCAUUCGUCGGAGAUGAUCCGCCGCGGCGGUGGUCAGGACAAGACGAUGCAGGCGCCGCCACUACACAUGCGCACGGCAUCCGGCAAGCUGAAGAUGUGAUGUGUAGCUUGCCGUCGAACGACCACCAUCUGCCGGGGAGCGGGUGUCUGAGAAGCGUGCUGUUGCACGGCAUGCUCUUGGGGACCGUUUUUUGCAAGUGUUGUCCGCUUGAAGUAUUUAGAGAAGGUGUUGUCAAAGUGAAGUCUUGUGGACGUACGGAAAUUUUGUUUCGUUUCAGUGUUACGCUUUUCAGGCUCAUGUAUAAGUACAUGUAUGCAAUGCGUGUGUGUUUUCUUCGGGAAUCGUGGUAAUGGAACGAAGGGUACACAUCCUGUAUCUUGUAGUUUUUGCGUUACUACAAGAAAAGAGCGUGCUCUGUUGUUCGGAAUCCGUUUCCCGGUGUCUUGGAAUUAUUGAUCUUUGCUAUAAAAACGAAUGAAAGGGAAGAGAGAAGUGCUUUGUUUGGGGCAUCACAUAUGCCACCCAUCGGUUUUUUGUUGUCGGAAAAGAUAGAUACGAUCCUUAACCUCUUUUUGCCCCUCUCUGGACCUCACGAAGCCGUGCUUGCAACUAGAACACCGGGCUCUGUGUUUGUACCGCAGCUUGGUGGCCAACAAGCUCUGCCGCACUCUGCCCUUGUCCCAUUCGCAGGCUCUAUUUUGUCGAGUGCUCCUGUUUGCCCGUCUGCUUGUUUUUUCAGUGACGAAAGAGCGCUCCUUCUUCUUGCACAAACGUCAUGGCCACGUGCGUAUGUGUACGUGAUUGUCUUGUCUGCCAUCCGCAACAAGUAGCCCAGAUCGUACGUUUCGGUGUUCCAUCUAUCCGUCAACGAGGGACAAACAGGCAACCGACUCGAGGUCUGGGCCAUGCUGCCCUCGUGCCGAGCAUCGCACGGAGUACCACAACCGGAGUCUCCGACCUCCGACUAGAAC